AGUGUAAACUGGCCUCCCGUUGCUGUGAAAUCCGGGAGAUGCUGCUGUCCUCGCGGCUUUGUGCAGAUUCUUUACCGUCUCCACGACAACCACAACCUGACGCAACUUACGCCCCUCCUCCAUUCAAGCCUCUCAUCUCAUUCAAGAAACAAGUGUGGAGUAAGAGCAGUGUUAUUGAGCAGGACGCGAGGAGUACAAGUGCCUGACAAACUCCUGUGAAGCCCCACAGACACACCAUCCUGGUUACUGCAAGCAAAUCCAAAGGUCUACUGUAUCUUUAUUGAUCCAACAAGGCAAUGAGAUCAUCUGACCACUUAAAUUGAUUUUCACUGUUUAUUUUUGGCAACUUUAACCACUUCCUCAAAAGGCCAUGGAUGCCAGCUCAAUACCUCAGAUUAAUAUAGAGAACUGUGAUGGCCUUGAGGUUGCCCCAGAUGAUCAUUUGAGAAACCUGAAAGCAUUGACUGAGAAGCUCAGGCUUGAGACCAGAAGGCCGUCCUAUCUUGAGUGGAAGGAACAAGUGGAAGCUCAAAGCUCCAAAGGCUUAGCCGUGUCAGAGGGCUCAUCAGAGCUGGAGAAAGGUGCUGGACUGAAGCCUGACGUCACACCUCAGAAUUCCCAAGUGACUGCAGGAAAUGCCCUGAUUUCUAGAAGCCUUGGAGGAUUUGAUAAUAUUGAUGAAGCUCUGGUUUGGCUUAGAAAAGAACUGAUGGAGAUGCGCAUCCAGGACCAGCAGUUGGCCCGCCAACUUAUGCGACUACGCGGUGACAUCAACAAACUCAAAGUGGAGCAGACGUGUCACCUGCAUCGCCGGAUGCUCAACGACGCCACCUUUGGCCUGGAGGAGCGUGACGAGCUGUCGGAUCUUCUGUGUGAUGGACCCGUCACUCCAGGGUUUGGACUCUCUUCACCACUGCGCCUCAUUGGUGUCACCAAGAUGAACAUCAACUCCAGACGCUUUUCCCUUUGCUAGCCAUUUAACAUGUGACCCAGCUGCGAAAGAAAAGAAUUAGUCACUCAAAAAGUGAAUGAUCUUAGACAGCUGUUUUGGAACCCAAGAGAACUGUUGUCACAGAACAUCCUGUGAAUCUUGCUCUAUGUUCUUGUGCCAGUGAAACCUUUUCAGUUAAUCAAAUGAACAAUAGACAAUGACUUCUAAAAAAAAUGUCUGAUCCACUAGCCAUGGCUCCAUGCCUUAGAUACAGUCCUUGUUGUGGUCAUGAGAUAUCAAAUGAUGUUGCUUACCACACACAUGCUCUGUUUCAAAACCUUGUAAACUAUCAAAUGUGUAACGACUGUUCCAAUAUAGGUAUCUUAAUUAUAGUGCCUCCAAGACACCUUGCCAAAUUCUAAGGCAGCAUUCAUGGUGAAAGCAAUCCCAUAAUGCAUUGCAAUAAGCUCAGUGAAGACUGCGGACAAGGCAUUAGAAAUGUUGAUUAUUAAUAAACGUACAUAUCAUUUAA